CUCGCUAGUGGUGGUCGGUCGAUCUACACAGUGGUGGUUGGUGGGAGACCGCUUCGGAGUUUUGCAAUUCUUCACCGCACAAUUAACUCCACAAAAUGAGGGCGGAAUUGGAGGGGAUGUGGAGCGGUAUUCAUGAUGUCUGGGCGGACAAUUUGGAACAAGCUUUCAGAGAAAUCAGGUUGAUCGUCAAGAAGUAUCCAUACAUUGGCUUCGACACGGAAUUCCCGGGAGUCGUAGCCAUGCCUAUUGGAGAAUUUAGGUCUAUGGGGGAAUAUCAGUACCAGAUACUUAGAUGUAAUGUUGACUUGUUGAAAAUGAUUCAACUCGGCCUGACUUUCUUUGAUGAGCGCGGUCAUCCCAAAGCCACGUACCAGUUCAAUUUCCGCUUCAACAUAAAGGAAGACAUGUUUGCACAGGAUUCCAUUGAUCUCCUUGUCAACUCCGGCCUCGCCUUCGACAGACACGCUGAGGAAGGCAUCGAUCCUUUCGAAUUCGCUCAGCUUCUCAUCACGUCUGGCGUUGUGCUUUGUGAAGGUGUUCACUGGCUGUGCUUCCACGCCGGCUACGAUUUCGGAUACUUGCUGAAGCUGUUGACCGAACAGAAAAUUCCGGAAAACGAAACACAAUUUUUUGAGCGUCUCAAAAUCUAUUUCCCAACGAUUUACGACAUUAAGUACCUCAUGAAGAGUUGCAAGAGCCUCAAGGGCGGCCUCCAAGAGGUGGCGGACCAGUUGCAUCUCACCCGCAUAGGUCCACAGCACACCGCCGGCUCCGACUCGCUCCUGACUGGUGCAGCCUUUUUCAAGAUGCGCGAGAUGUUCUUCGAGGAUAAUAUUGACGCUUCGAAAUACUCGGGUCACCUGUUCGCGAUCGGAUCGGCGAACGACCAUUCACCGCCUGCUACUGCCUGAGCCACCACUUCAUAAAAAUUCGGAACAUCAAACUAUGACGAGAGUAGAGAGCAGGAAUGACUUCGCGAUAGCCCGCCACCUCACAUGUGGAUGAGGGGCUGCGGGCAGUGGAAGUUGUCGUUUCACGUAUACACCCUCGCCAUUGGAUUUUAAAAUCAUCAUCCAUCACAACACGUGAGAAUUAUGGGCCGCGAGGACAGUACUGCAAAUUGAGUACUUCCUAACCAUCUUGUCCGCGCGUUCUCGCCGACCUCAGAUAUCUUUUGAGGAUGCUUUUAUGCGAAGUUUGUAAAUUUAUUGUAUUAAACUGUAAUUAAGGAUCAAUCGAAUUCCGAACGUAUUGAUUUGCCGAAUAAAAGGAAAAGCUUU